AUGAGAGGAUCUUUGAGCAACAGCAAGGUCAGAAUGGCAUAAAAUGAACUGAAAUUGAAAUGAGGAAGGCAGUUGGCGGAACCACAAAGACGGCAAUUCUUGUCAAGGCACAGAGCAAAAACAAUGUGCGUGGCCAAUCAUGAGAGCCACAUGACAGGAAGUUGUGUCUAGUGAGCAAUUUUUGGCUACUCUGUCUUGGAUGCAAAAGGCAAAAGAUAUCCCUCCCCAUAAGGAGAAACAGCAGAACUUUCCCACCCAGUUUUGUUAAAGGAGGAGGCAUGAAAUCGAUGAGUUUCAAUCGAGGAAAAGGCUCUGCCUCCUGCUCUCCUCCUCCUGGGAAUGGUUUGGAUCACCAGGGGAUGCUCCUACUGACCUUGCUAGGGUUUGUGAUAGUUGUGUCAUCCUGUUUGACAGCUGUCUCUCUUUACCAUGUUAUUGCAUUAAAAGCAGAACUUGCCCUUCUGAGCAGCAAACUGAAUUGCAGGGUUCAGACAAGGACCUCAUUUCCCAUGUCGCUGGAGCCUCUGGACAAGAUCCAGGAGCCCGGAGACCCCCUGCCCCGCUUGGAGGUGGCUGAAUCAACUUCUCGCCAGGGAAUCUUGUCUGGAUUGCAUAAAAGUAGUCAAGAGAUAAUGUGGAGCAGAAACAGAAGGAAAAGAUCUCUGCCACGUGCCAGCGAAGCAGUCCUACAGCCGUGCCUGCAAUUGAUGGCUGACAGCAGCAGCAAUGUUCAGCAACAAGAUGGUUCAAGUACAGUGCCAUGGCUGCUUAGUUUCAAAAGAGGAACAGCCCUGCAAGAACAAGGGAAUAAAAUCCUGGUCAGAGAGACUGGCUACUUCUUUGUAUACGGGCAGGUUUUAUACAGGGAUGAGCUGUUUGUGAUGGGCCACUUGAUCCAGAGGAAGAAAGCCCACGUGGUCGGCAGUGACCUCAGCUUGGUGACAUUAUUUCGUUGCAUCCAAAACAUGCCUCCGACCAACCCAAACAACUCUUGCUACACUGCUGGCAUUGCGAGGUUAGAAGAAGGAGAUGAGCUUCAACUGACCAUUCCCCGGAGCGGAGCCAAAAUAGCCUUGGAUGGAGAUGCCACCUUUUUUGGGGCUGUCAGACUUCUGUGAUGCUCUCCCACGAUGACUUCCCAGCUUCUUCUGGUGCUCAGAACGACCCAAAAGAUACGGCUUCAGGGCUGCUGUUUUUUCAGCGGGUUGAUACUUUUCAGCUUGGUUGGCCCGGGCUAGAUCUCGUCUGCUCUUGGAGGCUCAGCAGGGUUAGCCGUGGUGAACACUUGGACGGCAGAUGACCCAGCGAGUCCAGGGUUGCUUUGCAGGGGCAGGAAAUGGCAAACCACCUCUGUUCAUCUCUCGCCUUGGAAACUCUGUGGGGUCACAAUAGAGUGGCUGUGACCUGGCUGUGCUUCUCACCACCUCUUUCUGCUUAGUUAACUUAUUCAAAACAGGAAACCCAACACAUGUACUAAUAAUACACCAUCCUCAUGUAGAGUACCAGAAAUGAAACUUGUCUGGGGAAGAUAUAAAUAGUAGCUGUUCUUGGUAAAGGGGUAUCAGUUCUUCAGAAGUGUCCACGUGGGGUAAAAGUAAUUGUUUGGAGGUGCAAUUAGCAUAUGCUUAGAAUAGGCGUAUUUGUUCAUGAGUGACUUUGUUCCUGUGGGAUGCACAAAUAGCUAUAGGUAGGAUCUCAAGUAUUUUAUAUUUUAUUUUAAUAGAAAAUCAGGAGCUGAAGACUGUUACAUUUAAAAUGUCGGUAAUCUUUGCUAAUGCACUUGCAGGUAAAUAUUAAAUUUUGGAAGAAGA